ACCUCUGACUGUGCAAUCAAACUAGUAAAUGAUUCCAAAACCAAACAAAAAAUGUCCUGUAUUUGCGAAUUUCAUACGCCAGGUGUGGACAGCCCCAAAGACCUUACGCCGCUUCCAUUGCCAACCAACGACGACGACUCUUCAAUAGCAGUCUCCCCAAAAGGUGCUGAACCCGAAGAAUGUUCACAGGAGAGUGGUGCAAGUUCUGCAGUGUCGGCCUCCGAGUUAGCCGACUGUCGAGCGGAAAAUUGGCUCCUGAAGAAGAAGCUGCGCGAGUACGAGGUCACCAUUGAGAACUUGGAACAUCUGGUGUCCACCUUAGUUGAGAAGCAGCACCAGAUCUUGAGCGAUAUGUUUAACCUGCGAACGGAAAACCACGAACUUCAGUCGGAGUGUCAUCUCCAACGCGAGUAUCACUCGAUGGAGAGGAACGCCCUGCUCAAGCAGCUGAACGAUGCCCAGGUAUUGUACCAGAAUCAAGCUACGACCUUGAAAAGUCGACCGAAUAAAAGAGAGUCUCCUAAUAACUCGGGCUCGUCGUUCGUAGCCAGUUCUGACAACGAGGAUCAGGGUGAAUCCGGCAGCGACAGCAACGACGAUCAGGAGUCGAAUAGCGACGAGGAAAAUGAUGAUCUCUCGGCAGACAGUUUAGCGCCGAGCUCCGAGGGCAGCUCGCCCACCCCGACGUGCUCUGAAUCGGAGGACACGGACCUGGAAGAUGAUCAGUCUGGGGAAAAUACCACCAAUACUAACAGCGAGACAGACUGACAGCCCCCAAGAAUACUCAUUAUAAUUAAAGUUUCUAUUAACUUAAAUAAAAUUUAAGCGUGUGCUUCUUAAA